GUGGGGUGGGUGGGGGUGUUGAGUUGCUAGGUUAGUCGGGUGGGAAUAUUGUGAAGAGUUCGAAGCGAUUUUGGGGGUUGGAGUCGGCUGUAAAGGGAUGAACGAUGGAGAACUAUGAGAAGCUAGAGAAGAUCGGCGAAGGAAUGUAUGGGAAAGUGUACAAGGCGCGUGACAGAAGAACAGGGGCGCUGGUGGCGCUGAAGAAGAUUAAGAUAGAGAAUGAGGAGGAAGGCAUUCCUGCUACGACAUUGCGAGAAGUAUCUCUGUUGCAAAUGCUUUCUAAGUGCAUCUACUUCGUUCGGUUAUUAGGCGUGGAGCAUUUACACAAGAAUGGGAAGCCAGCGUUGUACCUGGUUUUUGAGUACAUUGAUACAGACCUCAGAAGGUUUUUGGAUCUGUCGUGGCCGGGCCUGGACAACCCACUUCCUCAAAAUACGAUUAAGAGCUUUGUGUACCAAUUGCUGAAAGGGGUUGCUCAUUGCCACAGCCACGGAGUAAUGCACAGAGAUUUGAAGCCUCAGAACCUCCUCGUCGAUUGGAGCAAGGGUCUGUUAAAAAUUGCGGAUCUGGGCUUAGGAAGGGCCUUCACUGUUCCGGUCAAGAGCUACACCCACGAGGUUGUCACGCUGUGGUACCGUGCCCCCGAAAUCCUGCUGGGAGCCUCUCAUUAUUCAACACCCGUGGACAUGUGGUCUGUAGGAUGUAUAUUUGCUGAGUUGUGUCGCAAGACGCCUCUGUUUCCAGGGAAUUCUGAACUCCAGCAACUUCUCUACAUUUUUCGGUUAUUAGGAACACCAAAUGAGCAAGUAUGGCCUGGUGUAACUACACUACGGGACUGGCAUGCCUACCCACAGUGGAGAGCUCACGACAUUGCACAAGCUGUGCCAGGAAUCGAACCAAGUGGUGUCGAUCUUCUCGAUCGCAUGUUGCAAUACAACCCAGCGAAUCGAAUUUCAGCCAAGGAAGCUCUGAUCCACCCUUAUUUUGAUAACCUCGACAAGUCGCAGUAUUAAGUGUUUGUAAGCAAGGAAAGAUAUCAACCAUUAGAUAAAUUCUUAACCAUUUAACUCCAUUCUUUACAUGCGGAAGAAUUACUCGUAGCCAAUGAAGAUAUGUUGGGGUCGACCAUACGUGACAAACGCCCCAUUGGAUUCUUCAGUAAUUCCCAUGCUCAUUCGCUAUGGCAGAUUCCUGCAUCGUUAAUAAUCGAAUCCUCUACAUAGAGAACUCGAGUGUAACAUAACCUUUUCAAUUCUUUUUGAUGCCAAGUAAGAUGUUCAGUACUGAACGCGUAGAGAUAAAAGCUGUUCACACGCUUCUUACUCAUUCUUUCCACUAUGAUUCGAAAGUGGUAUAACUAUUUGAUUUAGAAAUGUACUCACUAAUUCAGAUCAUUCGAUUAAAGAUUUUACUGCAAUUUUUAUUGCAAUUUGUAUUCAGUUUCCAAAGGACCUCACUUAUCUUUGGCAGUGAUGGGUUUAAGCAAUAAAAUCUUUUCUUAUCGGGUUCUACAAUUGCAGAACUCUCUA